AUGGCCACUGUGCCCUGCCUAUUAGCAAUGUGGGAUGAAAAUAAUCAAAAUGAUAAUAUGGCAAAUUCAGCUUGUUUUACAAUUGUUCACACUCAAACACAUCCACUAAAUGAUAAAGAGAGAUCAGCUGCCAGUCUAUCGUCCAGAACAUCACAAGCAUUUUGGAAAGAACUCGAAGAGCAACGAGACCAAUCUUUAUCACCAUAUUCGAAUUCAAUGUCGUUUCGUCGUAAAAUUUCGAAUAAAAUAAAAGAUAAAUGUAAUCUGUUAGAAACAGCAUUUAUCAGUAGUACAAAUAAUAAAAACACUAGUUUGACAAUGAUGAACGAAUUGUCGAAAACACCGCUGGCGGUAUUAAAUGUAAAUAGUAUUAUUCAAGAAUGUACAUCGUCUGUUGAUUCAUUAGAAACGGAUAUUGUCGUUAAAGAUAAUCAACAACUUUUGUCAAUACAAGGAGCAAAAUUAUGGAAAAAUGAUAUUCAGCAAUUGAGAGUAAAAAAUUACAAUAAAGAAAAAUACAACAACAAUAAUUUAUCGAGAUGGCGAUCGAUCGAAGACGAACUAAUGUUGCCUGUAUUAAUAGAUCAAUUAACAUCACCUCAACAACAAUAUUUUAGACGUAGAACUCUCUCUGAUACUGAUAUGGUUCCAAAAACUAUUUCCACAUUCUCCUUACCCAAUAUAGAUACCAGCGAUGAAGAAGAAGAAGAAGAAGAAGAAAAAAGUGAUAGAAUAGAUGUAUAUCACACUGUACAAUUAAUUAAACAUGAUCCCAUUGCAAAUACUUAUUCAACCUUAUCAACCACCAAUAUACCCCACUUCGAUGCCCAACUUCAAGUUAACGAUGGUCAGUUGUCAGAUGCUGUUCGUUAUGGUGUAUUUCAUUCGUCACCUGAAGAAUCCAUAAUCCAAAUAUCGUGUCAACAAUUCAAAUGUAAUCACGAAACACAAACGAUGGAAGUAGAUGAGAACGAGGAAGGAUGUCAUUCAUUUAAUCUAAAACAAUAUGUACUAGUCGACACACUGGAAACAUCAAUGGAUAUUUCAGAAUCUCUGGUUUCGACAACAAAUGAUGAUGAGCAAGAUUACGUUGUAAAAAUGCAAAUUAAAGGAACACUAUUGGAUACAAAUCAUCUAAAACUACAGAAUAUUAUCGAGUUAAAUGAACAAUUCGAGCAUGAAGAAGAACACGAAGAGGAUGAUACAAUAAAUGAUGAAAACUUCGGCAAUGGAAAUCAGAAUGUGACAUCAUUAAUGGACGAUGGUGAACGUCAAUAUGUGAAUGAUGAACCUUCUUCAUCCGAAAAAAGAACUUCAAAUGAUACCAGAGGUGAACAAGCAAAAAACGGAAACGAAUAUCAAAGUAAUGAAGCUGGUCUAAGAAACUCAUCGAGCGGUAGUGGUGGAGGAGGAAGUGGCUCUGGACGUGGAAAUGACGAAGAUGACGAUAAAAAUAAUGACUACAAUGAUGAUAACGAUGAAAGUAUGGACGAUGAAACCAUCGCUCGACGUUUGGGUUUUCUUCGUUUUGAUAAUUUAACACUAGAGUUGAUCCAUUCUAUUCGGCAACUCAUUCAAAAACAAUCAUAUGAUCGGCGUGAUUUUGAUUAUUUACAAAAUUUAAUCGAUAAAAUAAUUAAACUUCAACAACUUUACUCUGUAAAUAAUAUUGAUUCACUUGUACGUACAAUGACAAAGCUACUAAAAUUAGAUCGCCUACUGCAAACAUUUUCAACUGCAGAAAAUUUUUUACGAGAUCGAAUCCAGUAUGCAAUUCAACAACAGAAAAAAAAAAAACUAAAUAUCGAAGAAGAUCUUUACAGUCUAGAAGAGAAGCCUGUGAGAGCAGUCAAAUAUCAAAUCACUAAUGAUGAACCCGUGAGACGGUCAGUGAACAAUGGUAAUGGCAAUGUAUUUGAUUAUUGGAAAAAUAAAGAUCGAAAAUCAAAACUUCAUGGAAUACAGCAACGGGCAAGAUCAGAAGGACUACCUCAACCGUCUUUCGGUUACGCUUCGACAAAUUGUAUUGUUAGUUUGUUAACGUAUUUCUUUUGUGAAUCAUUAUUCGAAGGUUCGACCGAUCAACAAUACCGUUUUCGUCAUGAUUCAAAGGAUAGUCUUGAAGAAAUAGACGAAGCUCUCGUUCCUAUUCCCACUUAUGUCUCACCGAGAAAACGGCGUGAUAUACGAGAAACGGAUCGUGAAGUAGUUGAAAUUACGCAUGAUACGUCAAUCGCCGAUCCUUUACAAUCUGUAGCUCGAGCGCCAACAAAAGUAAAGCAAAUGGCUAAAGAUAUUGAAUAUCGGACAGUGCCAAUAAUAGUAGGAACAAAUCGAAGUGAAAUGAAUGUGAGAAGUGGUGAUCGUUUCAGAGAUCAUGCUAGUUACUUAUCCGAUGAUUCAGUUCAAAUGCCACGAGGCCAAAUAAGUAUUGCACUAUACGAUGUCAAACCUAAUGGUAAGGAUCGUUAUUCCAACGAAGAACGCACUCAUUUCGUCCACCCUGAUGGUAUAACUGAAGAAAGCGGGCACCGUACAGUUCGAACAAAGCAACAUCAAACUUACGACAGUCCACAAUCAUCACCCUCUUUCAAUGACAGUCGUGUUAAACGAAUGGUUGAUCGUCUUGAACACGAUCAGCAAUUAUCGCCAAACAUUGUGCCUACCACCACAACAAGUAUAAAAAAAUCUUCAAUUAAAAAAACGUUCGACGAAUACUCAGUUGAUUCGUACGAUAAUGACUAUCGUCACUCACCGGUGAAAACAUCAAAAGAUAACGAAUACAAAAGAAUCAUCAAAAGUCAAAAAGAUGACGAAAAUCGAGAUACAAAUAAGAAAAUGACUUAUCAGGGACAUACUGAGCGUAACCUUCCAAAAGAUACUGUUAUUGACGGCGUUUUCUUUCACGAUAACAGACGUCCAUUAAAAUAUUCAGUUGAUCGUGAAGAUGACGAUCGUUCGGCGAGAACAACAUCGUCACCAAGGCAACGAACAACAUCCUCACCAAGGCAACGAACAACAUCCUCACCAAGGCAACGAACAACAUAUCACUCGGGCAAUGAUGAUACUUAUGUUCGCAUUGAUUCAGUGAGAGACGAACAGGAACUAUCCGAUAAUGUUGAAGAAUUUGUUAUUCCACAUACGAAGCCAAAGAAGUACAAUAGACUAUUAGAAAUUAAAUCAGACGGAACUAUAACAGAACCUGACAUGUCCUUGCAAGACGAUCGUCACGGAACUGGAACGAGUAUAACUAUGGUGCGCGAUGUUCGCGCUCGUAUGUACGAGGAUAACAGUGAACCGGCUACAACAUCUCCAACAACUCCUCCGGAAGAAAUAAUGAAGGUUGAUUUAGAAACGCUUUACAUUCUUGAACAACGUAGCGAAAAAUCAUCGACUCCUACCGUUAUGGAUAUUUAUAUAUCUCCUAAAUAUCGUUGUGUUAUCGAAGAAGAGAAAGAAGAACAUGAUGAACACUAUCGAACAUAUCAUCCUCCAUUAACAGAAAUUAAUACAGUAGUACAAACAAGUUAUUCACAACCUACAACGCAACAAACAUUUCAACAACCAAUUGAAAUACAAAGUGAUCUGAGUCAAGCGACGACAACAACAGCAACAACAACACAAACAACAAGCAGUUUACCUAGGCAUCACAAAGAGAAAAAAGUAGUCGUUAUUGAUGCAGAUACAUACAGAACUGCCAUGUCCAAAUCGUCUUUAGAAUCAGACGAAGGUUCAGAUACUGAAAGUGGAGCUGUUAUUUACAUUAAUAAUCAAGAAGAGAACUCUGAAAGUUUGAGACAAGAAAAAAAUAAUGCUAGUGGUAGUGAUAGUGAGUUAGAUCAUAGUUACGGCAAAGAUCAUCCGACGAUUGGUAAAAUAACGUCCAAAAUAAGAAUGGAUCAAAUUCGUGAUCUAAAUCGAAAUGUAGUACGACGAUAUUUCGAAGAAUCAAAUCAGCGAUCUGAAUUUUAUGAAAUCCACACAAGAGGACAAUGCAAAUGUAUAGUAUUAGUAGUCGAUGAUUUUAGCAAACAGGAAGUGAACAAAGGUGAACAGACAUCAAUGGAAGCACAAAUAACUAAGUUGGAGAUAACAUAUACUCCACAAGAAUUACAAAAGAUAAGUUUACACGUGCUUUAUACAGCAGAUAGUGAGUCAUUAUCUGAUUAUAUUUUAAUAAAACGAGAUUAUUUCGAUUCUUAUUACGAUGAAUAUCAAAUUCAUCCAACUAUUCAUAUUAAUUAUUACACACGAGAGGGUCAUUUAUUUAAAACUGAAGAGCGACGUCUCGAUCAAAUCCCAUUAACUAUUCGAUGUGAAAUUGAGUAUGAAUUGAAUCAUUAUGGAACAUCUCGACUCAUUUUGUUACCAGUAACAAAAGCCGAAAGACGCCAUGUGAAUCUGACCAUAAAAGAAGAAGUUACUAAAGAUUUGAUUCAACGUCAUCAGCGUGGAACGAAUUUUGAACAACAAAUUCAACGACAAUUACAAGCGCCCGUUACUCUUCAACGUUUAGAUGAUUAUUUGACGAGAGAAACGUUGUCCUCAACAACUGUACGUCGUCUACCGAGAAUUGAACUAACCACAUCACUAAGAGUAAUACAACGUUAUCGAAAUAUUAUUCAUCGAUUGUGCAAUAUAUUUCGAAAAGAUAUUCGGUUGACAAAAGAACAAGAACAAAAACGAAAUUUUAUAUUAGUUAAUAAUCAAGAAUAUUACCAAUUAGAUUUGACGAAUUUAACGGUUCCAAGUGCUGAACUGAACAUAUCUGAAAUUCAAAAACGUCAAACAGAUUUAUUUAAUCGCGAAGUAAAAUUAGUAUUGAAUGAAGAACAACAACGAAAACCUCGUCAAGAAUGGGAAUAUCAUACACGUGAACAAUCAAAAUCGAUUGGUCGUACCCCUCGUCAUCCUCCACAUACUGAAAACUCGUUCAAUUUUAUUCAAUAUCGUAAAGAAUUAAAAGAACAACAGGAAAUAUUAGAUCAACAACAUCGAGAAGCAGAAAGAUUGAAACAUUUAAAUCGUCGUGUCGUGCCGGGACCACCACCGCCUGGACAUCCACAUGAAGCCGAAUUUUAUUUAGGUGCUGAACGUCGUCAGUUGAUUGAGCGAGAAAUAUAUAAUAUGCGCGAAUCAAUUCGUCCUCAUGAACAUGCUCCACCUCGCUAUAAACGUGAACCUUUACGUCGUUCGUGUUCGUGGGGUUAUUCUGGUGCAAAUCGCUAUGUUCGUGCACGUAUCAUACACGUUAAAGACAUUUUCGAUGAUCCAACUACACCUAUCUCACCUGACCAACAGCAACGUGCCGAACAACAAGCAAGAGAACAAGAAUUAUUUAUUCGUGUUGAUGAUUAUAUCAAUGAGCCAGCUGCAUCGAGUCUAAAACGAUCAUAUUCGACCGACUACUUACUAGAAGAUGGGCCACGAUCAAGAAUUAAAUAUAUUCGAAUACCAGGUGAAACAAUUCGAAUCGAGGAAAAACAGACAUAUGAAUACGAAGGAAUACAGUACGCUGAUUUGCCUUAUGCUUUGAGAUAUUGGAAUAUUUUAUAUAUACUUGACAAAGAAGCAAGAAAAGGUCGACCACUCGGUUCGAGUAUUCCACAUGUACCAGUCAAUGAUCCCUAUCGUAAUAUCAUUCCUCCUUUAACUCAUCAAGAAAUUCAUCAAACGGCACGUCAAGUUUUACAUCCACAAUACAGUGUUCGAGAUCAUACCGAUCGUACUUUACGUUGGUUUCUUUCAAAAGAUCAACGAACAGAAAUUGAAUCGAGAGCAUAUUUAGCGGCUCUCGAACAUCGUCGAAAACAAUCAGCUACUGAUGUUAGUGGACGAAGUCUCAAACCAGAAGAACGUCCAGAAAAAUACUUUGUGACUGAAACUCUUGUAAGAUAUGAAAAAUUACCUGAUCGACUACAACCGAUCGCUGAAACACUCACAAAUGACACUGUAAAUGACACAAGAUCUGUCUCAUACCCAAGAGUUUUUCAACCAUCAACAUAUUCAUCACAAUCAGAAAACAGCAAUUUUAUUCAACAGCAGCACUUGAAUAAACGAUCGCAGUCUCAACCGACGACGACUUUUAUGCAACAAUCAUCAUACCAAAAUCCACAUGUACCAUUAAGGCCAAUCGAGAUACCGUCAUCACAUUUUUUCACUCAUCCAUUGGCUCGUUAUCAAUCAUUUCGUGAACUUUAUCAGACAUCUCCACCAUCUUUUCAACAGCAAACAAUUAUCCAUAAUAAUCGUCCAAGACGUCAAUCUCCCCCACAAAAUACACAUACUAUUCCGAUCGCCUAUAAUAAUCGCUUUCAGCGUGCACACAAUAAUUUGUUAAAUCCCAUCCAACCUCAUCAACAAAGUUAUCAUCAUGCACCUUAUCCACCAAUAAACAGUGCCUGUAGACCACAUUGUCAUCCAUCUUCUGAACGUAUUAAAUUAUUAACAGAAAUAAUCGAUAGUCAAACGGGUCGAACACUAAGGGCAACAUGUCAGCAAGAACUACCAAUCGAUGUAUUAGGAUUAUUAGACAAAUAUAAUCUACGUACGUAA